CAUCCGAAAAUAUCAAAUGCAUAAAAUAUGCAUGAACGUGUUUUUCAUCUGUGUCCAGAGCUGCAAGUACGUAAGUGGAAGUUACGAAGUUCCGCUGUUCAAGUUCCUCUAGUCAUACUGAAAGCGAGAGAGAGUCGCUCUGAGGAUUGUUUAUGCAACGGGGCAGGCCACACCUUUGAAAAUGUUCUCCAAAAUGGUGAAAUACAGCUCUACUAGAAGCAAAACAACAUUUUGGGUGCGCCACUGUCUAAGAACAACAACAAGUGUGGCUUUAACAAACGGCCAAUAUGUCACCAAGAAGACUUGGGACUCGCACCACAAGAUGAUGUUAGAGCCUCUGGCCAUCAACGACUCUGAGGUGUUCUCCAUCAUAAAAAAGGAGAAGGAAAAGCAGACAUAUGGGCUGGAGCUGAUUGCUUCAGAGAACUUCAUCAGCAGAGCUGUUCUAGAGGCUCUGGGAUCUUGUCUCAGCAACAAGUACUCCAAGGGAAAUCCUGGACAUAACCACUUUGGUGGAUCCGAGCAUGUUGACGAGCUGGAAAGUCUCUGUCAAAAGCGAGCAUUGGAGGCCUAUGGUCUGGACUCUCAAAAAUGGGGCGUGAACGUGCGAUCGUAUUCAGGUUCACCUGCCAACUUCGCUGUCUACACUGCUAUCGUGGGUCCAUACGGCCGAAUCAUGGGCUUGGACCUUCCAGAUGGAGGUCACCUGACACAUGGUUUCAGGACGGAGAAGAAAAAAUUCUCUGCAACGUCCAUGUUCUUUGAGUCCAUGCCGUACAAGGUGAAUCCUAAAACUGGUUACAUCGAUUAUGACAGACUGCAAGAAAAUGCAAAGCUUUUCCACCCCAAACUCAUCAUUGCAGGAACGAGCUGCUACUCCCGCAACAUCAACUACGCCCGUAUGAAGCAGAUCGCUCGAGAGAGCGGCGCGCAUCUGAUGGGAGACAUGGCGCACAUCGGUGGACUGGUGGCGGCCGGAGUCGUGCCUUCCCCCUUUGACUACUGCGACAUAGUUUCUACCACGACGCACAAGACGCUGCGCGGCUGCAGAGCCGGACUAAUAUUCUUCAGGAAAGGUGUGCACAGUGUAGACGGGAAGGAGACCACAAUGUACAAUCUCGAGUCUUUAAUCAACCAAGCCGUCUUUCCGGGGCUGCAGGGCGGCCCUCACAACCAUUCCAUCGCAGGCGUUGCUGUGGCUCUCAGACAAGCUAUGACGCCAGAGUUUAAAGCGUACCAGAUGCAGGUUCUUCUCAACUGCCAAGCGCUUUGCACUGCCCUCAUCGAGCACGGCUACAAAAUUGUGACCGGUGGUUCUGACAAUCAUCUUAUCCUGUUGGACCUGCGCAGUAAAGGAACAGAUGCGGUACGGGCCGAGAAAGUUCUGGAAGCCUGUGAUAUUUCUUGCAAUAAGCACGCCUGCCCAGGGGAAACAAGUGCAAUGAGCCCCAGUGGACUGAGACUCGGUUCUCCGGCGCUCACAUCCAGAGGCUUGGAGGAAGACGACUUUAGGAAGGUGGCAGAUUUCAUUCAUCAAGGCAUUGAGCUUACCCUGGAGGUGCAGAGAAGUUUGGAUCCGAAGGCCACUCUGAAGGACUUCAUCCUGGCGUUGGCCCAGGACAAGAAGUUCCAGCGCUGCGUGACUGAGAUCAGGACAGAAGUGGAGGCUUUCGCCGGUAAUUUCCCCAUGCCAGGUCACACUGAAGUGUAGAAAGCGACGACUCGGACACUGAUGGAUGUUUUGGGACUGAUAAUUGUGGGAAAUAUUGCCUGUAAUUUUGGAGGGGAGGAAUUUUGUGUGCAUUACAGAACUGGUUAGACCAUGAUUAACAGUCACAAUUUCAAUAUCCUUACAGCAUUUUUGUCUACUGCAGCUUUCCAUGCUUCAUUUGCGUUUAAGAUUUGAUUCAUCCAUCAAUUUUCUUAGCCGCAUAUCCUCACAAGGGUCGCAGGAGUGCUGGAGUCUCUCCCUGCUGUCAACAGGCACCCUGAACUGGUCGCGAGCCAAUCGCAGGGCGCAUCGAGACAAAUAGUCGCACUCCAAUCACACCUCGGGGCAAUUUAGAGUGUCCAAUUAAUUUUGCGUGUUUUUGGGAUGUGGGAGGAAACCGUAGUGCCGGAGAAAGACCUCAGAACUGUGAGCCCAACACUUUACAGCUGCACCACCGUGCCACCCGUUUAACAUUUAAUGUUCACUGAAUUACUGUAACAAAUUUAUUACUUACACGUUGCCUUAUCGUCAUUUUUGACAACUGUCGCGCCAUGUAUCUAUCUAUUUUUUUCAUUAUUAAGCAUAAUUCUUUUUAGAUUACUGUGUUUCGUGGCUUAUAGAAAAAAAUAGUACUGUACAAAAUUAUUGUAAAUACGUAUAUAUAUUUUAAAGAAAAGCUUUGUAUGGGAGGUAUGAUUUUAAGUUAUUCUGAAUUCCAUCUAUCCCAAGUCUAUUAAAUCGAGGUUCCACUGUAGAUCCAAACGAUUGUUCACACUUCGUCGACUUUGGCGAAUGCAGCUUCGGCCAGGAGGGGUCGAUGGCAUUGGGCGUCAUGUGAUUAUUCACCGGGUCUUUUGACCCUUGUGAACCCUCACACCCUGCGGAUAGCGGGUCAGCGGCGGUGUCCAAAAUCACUGCCCGUCUCCAUCUCCUGCUUUCCAUUUUAACUCCUCGAUCUCGCUCGCUCCUGUUUCCGUUGCCUUCUUCUUUAUACGAGCCGGUGCCUUUCACCCCUUUCUUGUCAUCUCAAGGGCCGUGAGAAUUCUCCAGAUUGAUUGGAUAAUGAAUCCUCUGCUGCCAAAUUUCUUCGGGAAUUGCCAUACAUGACAUCCUUCCUCCCUGCAAUCACUUAGGAGGUUCGAGUACUUGGCUGCUUCCUUUUCAAAAGCCUGUUCACAGCCCUCCUAUGGGAGAGUAGAUUUGAUACGAGAGAUACUUUUUGCCUACUCAGACCACGUGCGGCCUUAGCAUUAUCCGGAAAACCCGGGGGAACUGCGGUCUUCCUCCCGUAUAUAUUCAGAAUACAAGUACAAAUCAAUUCUGUAUUUAAUGCACAUCUAAUUUACAAAUAAAAUUGUUACUCUUUUGGGAAAAGAUUGCUUGUGUGGAUGAAUUUAACUCCGCCCCGGAGCAGCUGGUGGUGGAUGUCAAACUUACUUUUAUGAGUAUCCCUCAAAUGAGGUUGGAUUUUCAUUCUGGGAUUAUUUUUCUAUUUAUGUUGUUGCCACAAAUAAACAACACUGGGUGGGUAGAAUAGAUGAAAUAUGAGUCUUCUGUUAUUCCCACAGCACUGAGCCUUGUAAACAACCCUGACAAAUUUGGAUCUACAAAAAAAUAACACCAAAUGUAUAAAAUGAGGCUUCACAAAUGUGAAUAAUCGAGCAUUUGACUCUGCUCUGAAAUGCUGUUUGUGCGUUUGCUAAAUGCGCUGAAAACACACCCACUUGGCUGUUAAAAUCAAAUCAACAAAUAAAGUACCACACCUUUCUCAUAACUACACAUCU